AGGCUGGAGAACACCCGUUACUUGAUGACGCUUCUGGAGCGGGAUGGAUGCGGGAGCGAGGAGGGGGAGCUCGUCCACUCCGCCGCCCCGAGCAUCUUCACCGAGGCCUGUAACAACGAGACCUACGUGGAGAUCUGGAACGACUUCAUGAACCGGUCGGGAGAAGAGCAGGAGCGAGUCCUGCUCUACCUGGAGGAGAAGGCCGGGAAGACCAGUCAAGAGCGAAGACAAGUGGAAAGGUGCUGGGAGGGGACGCUGGAGCACGCAUCCUACUCGCCCCAGGAGUGCUUCCAGCGCAUCAGCCGCCGCCUGCGCGCCACCCUGAAGCGGGGCCGGAUCCCCAUGGGCACGCUGGAGGGGCUGGAGGAGGAGCUGCUGGCCUUCUUCUCCGUCACCCCUCACUCUGUCUACACGGCACUGAUGGACAACAGCUUCGAGCGGCUCCUGCUCCACGCACUCUGCCAGUACAUGGACCUCGUCUCUGCCAGUUCAGACAUUGAAGGGAAACGUCAGAUGAAAGUGAGCAACAAACACCGCGUCUUCCUGCCCCCCGAGCUCCUGCUCUCAGACUACCUGGGGCAGAUGAGCUGA